AUGCCAAAAGAUGAGGUAGGAACUGCUCGGAACUCCGAGCGAAGGGGCUCGAAUGACGAAGAAUCCCGGGCCCUUCUCUCAAACAGCUCUUUUCAUGACGACCACCACAGCGAGGACGACUUGGUAAUCCUCCCUGGAACCGCUGAUGAACAAUAUCAACACGACCCACCACAAUCGCAAGCACGUAUCCCUGCAAGACCGCAUAAUUCCCGACAGUCGUCAAUUUCUAGGCCAGGUCAAGAUGGACAACGUCGUACUCCACGAACUCCACAUCGCGUCCGGUUCGAUCUCUCUGAACAUGUCGCGGACGAAGAGACACCGGCUACCAACGGCCACGUUCAGGGACCACAGGACGCCGAUGAUUUGUGGAUUGAUGAGGAAGAUUAUAUGACAGAUGGCUCGCAGCGCCUCCGCAGCAGCACGGGGCAAAUGGCACCAUUGCUCACAGGCAUCGAAGCUCCAAGUGUGACACUUGCAACAUCCGACGACUUCUUUGCCGAAGAUCACCUGGAGAGUGCUAGACCACGAAGCGGCAUGCGUAUGGCAUUUAUGAAUAUGGCCAACAGUAUUAUUGGAGCUGGUAUCAUCGGCCAGCCGUACGCCCUGAAACAAGCUGGCAUGGUAACAGGUAUCGUGCUUUUGGUAGUCUUAACCUUCACGGUUGAUUGGACUAUUCGCCUCAUUGUGGUCAAUUCCAAAAUGAGCGGCGCCGACUCCUUCCAAGCCACUAUGCAGCAUUGCUUUGGAAGAAGCGGCUUGAUUGCUAUAUCCAUUGCACAAUGGGCAUUCGCAUUCGGUGGCAUGGUUGCGUUUUGUAUCAUAGUGGGGGACACAAUACCGCAUGUCUUUGCCGCAUUAUUUCCGUCUUUGAGAGAUAUGCCGUUUUUAUGGCUUCUCACAGAUCGGAGGGCCGUAAUUGUUCUCUUUAUAUUGUGCAUCUCCUAUCCUCUGUCCCUGUACCGAGAUAUUGCCAAGCUCGCAAAAGCUUCCGCUUUAGCCCUCGUCAGCAUGCUUGUCAUUGUAGUCACUGUCGUAAUCCAAGGCUUCCGGGUGCCAUCCGAAUUAAGAGGUGACUUGAAAGGACAUCUUUUCAUAAAUUCGGGGUUCUUUCAGGCCAUUGGAGUUAUAUCUUUUGCAUUUGUGUGCCAUCACAACAGCCUUUUGAUUUACGGAUCACUAAAAAAACCGACACUCGAUAGAUUUGCAACUGUUACACACUACUCUACAGGGGUCUCGAUGAUUAUGUGUUUAGUAAUGGCCCUUGCUGGUUUCUUGUCAUUUGGCUCAAAGACCCAAGGCAAUGUACUCAACAACUUUCCCUCUAACAAUAUUAUGGUGAACAUAGCACGGCUCUGCUUUGGCCUCAACAUGCUUACUACCUUACCCCUAGAAGCAUUUGUCUGCCGCUCCGUCAUGACCACGUACUAUUUCCCUGAUGAGCCUUUCCAUCCAACCCGUCAUUUGUAUUUCACUACCGUCCUAGUCCUUACCUCAAUGUUUCUGUCAUUGAUAACUUGCGACCUCGGUGCGGUAUUUGAGUUGAUCGGUGCCACCAGUGCAGCGGCAUUGGCUUACAUCCUCCCACCACUCUGCUAUGUGAAACUGAGCAAUACCAGUCAUAGAGCCAAGCUUCCAGCUUAUGCAUGCAUUGUGUUUGGCACGGUUGUGAUGCUCAUCAGCCUCUUCCAAGCAGUAGGGAAAAUGAUAAUAAAUGAAGGCGGGGCCCAGACUUGCGGUGGUGCUAUGUAG